AUGUCGAAGCUUUUUUGGGCCAUCUUCCUGCAAUGCGUUUGUUCAUCUGGAGGGUCCAAGCCCCUUAUCAACGUCGUCUGGUUUAAGUGCACAGACCUACGCACGCACGACCAUGCUGCGCUAAAGGCAGCACAUGCAGACAACUUGCCAGUCUUACAUCUCUACGUGUUCGAUCCCUUCUGGUAUGAGGGCAAGACGACUCUCUGCGGCUUCCCAAAAACGGGAGUCGUGCGAACGCAGUUUCAGUUGGAGGCCUUGGAGGACCUUGCCAGCAGGCUCGAAUCGAAAGGCCAUCGGCUCAACAUGCGCACGAACGUGUCCACAGCAGAGUGCUUCCGGGAGCUCUGCAAGGACUACGCCAUCAACGCCGUCUUCGCAUUUCAUGAGGUGUGCAGUGAAGAGCUUCGCAUUCAGCGGCAGGUCCAGCAGGUGCUGCGUCAAAAUGGGGCAGGUUCACUUCAGCUUCACUGGGGCUAUGAGUUGCUUCACCAUGAUGACUUGCCCUUUGCUACCAAAGACCGAGCCGCGUUCAAGGAGAUCGAGGUUUUUCUCGGGCGCGUGCGGGGCGUCUCUCCGAGGCCAUCUGCAUGGCAUGAGCCUGACUUUGCAACUGGUCCUGAGAAAGCUGUCCACUGGCAAAGAGCAUGCGAGCAAGUUCCACAAGCGGAGGAGGUCAUGGGAAAGAAUUUCUUGGCGCAAGAGAGCACUAGCCCUCAUGUGGAGUUUCGUUGGCAGGGAGGUGAGACGGCUGCCCUUGCGAGGGUGCGGGAGUACAUCUGGGACGAAGACCGGCUGGCUCUUGACUACGUGGGCGCAACAUCUGUGAGAAGCUUAUACAGAAGCCCUCUGGACGACGAGGCAACCUCGAGGUUGUCCCCAUGGCUUGCUCAUGGCUGCCUGUCCCCGAGAUUACUCUACGAGGAGGUCCAGCGCUACAUCUUGGCGUAUCAAGAAAGGGCGAGGUCUACGGCGAGGGAGACGCAGACAUACACACACUCGGGCAUCGGGAUUCGAAGUCCCUAUAACGUCUCCCAUAGAAUCAUACGCGAGCUCCUCUGGCGCGACUUCGUGCGCUUUGGAAGUAUCGAGGCGGGCAACAGCAUAUUCAAGAUCGGUGGCCGAGACAAGGUCAUUCGCCAGAAUCAGGAGGAAGCCCCAAGGAACCACCAGCAUUUGGCAUCCUGGUGUUGGUCUUCAGAUCAAGGUCUGCUGCAAGCUUGGAUUGAUGGCCGCACCGGGUUCCCAUUCAUCGACAGCUCCAUGCGAGAGUUGAAGAUCACUGGCUACUGUAAGCACAUCUGCCGCUUGUGUGCAGGGUGGUUUCUCAUCUCCGACCUGGGCCUCGACUGGCGAAUGGGAGGAGAGUGGUUUGAGUCCAUACUUGUUGACUAUGAGCCCACGUUGAACUGGUUCAACUGGGUCUAUGGGUGCCUGGAACCCAUCAACCCCCACAAGCCCCAACCUCAAAACCGGCAGCAAUGCCGGGAGAUCUUGGAGGCUUGGUAG